GUUGAAGAUCACGCGCUUUACUGUUCUUUCUUCUUACUUUUCGCAAGAUUGUUCUGUUCUUUACACGAUUCCAAGAUGAGUGAAGAGGUCAAAGAGAAUCAGUCUGGGAAGCUUCAGAAGCCAACUCCACGUUUAAACGAGAGGAUCCUCUCAUCUUUAUCUAAGAGAUCGGUUGCUGCUCAUCCAUGGCAUGAUCUUGAAAUCGGACCUGGAGCUCCAGUGAUUUUCAAUGUGGUUGUUGAGAUCUCAAAGGGUAGCAAGGUCAAAUAUGAACUUGACAAAAAGACAGGACUAAUCAAGGUUGAUCGGAUCCUUUAUUCAUCGGUUGUGUAUCCUCAUAACUACGGUUUUAUUCCCCGCACAUUAUGCGAAGACAAUGAUCCGUUGGAUGUGCUAGUCAUCAUGCAGGAGCCUGUACUUCCAGGUUGUUUUCUGCGCGCCCGAGCUAUUGGAUUAAUGCCCAUGAUUGAUCAGGGAGAAAAAGAUGACAAGAUCAUUGCGGUAUGUGUUGAUGAUCCUGAGUAUAAGCAUUACACUGACAUCAAAGAACUUCCUCCUCAUCGUCUUACUGAAAUUCGGCGAUUCUUUGAAGAUUACAAGAAGAAUGAGAACAAGGAAGUUGCUGUAAAUGAUUUUCUACCGAAUGGUCCUGCUGUUGAAGCUAUUCAGUACUCAAUGGACCUUUACGCUGAGUACAUUCUUCACACCCUGAGAAGAUAAGAAAAGGACUAUUCCUGCCAAAAAAAAGCAAGAAUUUGUCUUAUAUUUGAAUUUUGAAUAAAGCACUGUUCAUGAAAC